AUGGUAUCCAGCUCGAGACCCAAUACAAUAAAAGAAUCCCUCGCUAGGCUACACCACCUAUUAUACCCUUCUUCUGAAAAGACCGAAAUGGUUAUUGAUGAUAAUGGCGCAACAACCACAACACGAGAAGAAAUGCCUCCCACCAUUCAACAAGAAAUAUGGUAUGUGGGCUGUGCCAUGGACAUUUUAAGUGAAUUACAAUGUGGACAGCCACUGGUAGCUAAAAACAAGAUGGGACAAGUGUUGGUAAAAGUGGAUGCAACUAAUGCUGCUAUGAAAGACACCAUCGAUACUGGAUUUGUUACUAUUCAAGUUCGUGUGUCGAGACUUAGUCGUGAGACUCGACCACUCAAGUUUCAAAUCUUGCCUCGACAUUGCGUUAAUGUGCUUUUGUGUUUGGUUGCUGGAGUAUGUCGAAAGUGUCACGAAUGUGAGAAGGCACACCGAUAUUUAGUGGAGGGGCUUGGAAUUGUUCGUGGUCUUGUGGAUAUACCUGAUAAGGUGGAUGCUCUAGUUGGUUUACAGGCUCUUAAAUGGAUGCAAGAGAUCAAGUUGUAUCUUUUGAGACAUGCAGCAGAGUGUUCGAUACUGCUAGGGCACUAUGAAGAUGCUACCAAGCACUUGAUGGCCCUUACUCAUGAGCUAGCAUCUCGCCCAUCACCGCCUCUCUCACAGCGUGCAGCAUUAAACCUAUCUUGGGGUAUGCUCCAUACAGCAACUGGAAAUUCGGAAAAGGCAUCGAUGCAUCUCGCUGCAGCAAUGCAACUCUCGAGCGAUGAUCCAACGUUAGAGAAUGAUGUAGGCACGUUGGCCAAGGCUGCGCUAACACUGUUGUGGGCUUCGGAUAACCAAGAGAAGCAAGAUUUGGCUGACGGCUUUCGUCAAGAUUUAGCUGCAAGAGCAACUACGUCUGACGCAUCUCCAUACGAAAAGAUGAUUUCGUCAUUGGUUCAAAGUAUACAUUAUACCAAUCCGCAUCAUGUUGGAUUUCAGAAAGCAAAGGCAUUUUUGCUAGAAGCCAUCAGGCAGACAGACGCAAUCGGCAUGCGCACAUUCACUGCUACGGCUCUAGCGUUGCUAGGACAAUUAUUUGUCAGUACAGAACCAGAGCAAGCUGAAAAAAUGAUAGCGAGAUCAUUCAAGCUAUAUCAAAAGAACGGUAAAACUAUGAAUGAGACUACGAGUACUUGUGCUUUGACACUUUCAGAUUUACAUAGUGCUAGAGGGGACACUGAACAAUCUCAAAAGUAUAAGAAGGAAUACGAAAAGCAUCUCAAAGCCACAGCAGAGUCAAUUGAACUUGCUCAACAACUUAUGGAAUAG